AUGAAAAAAGCAGAGAGCUAUUACUUCAGAGAUGGACUCAGGUGUGUCAUUCCAAAUUACAAAGUGUUGCAAACGGAUGUGAAAGGGAGGUGGGUUGGUCAAACACUGAAACAAUUGUUUACCACCGAGUUUAAACACAUUUCAGUUGAAGAAGCUAAACGCCAAAUUGAGGGAGGUAUUAUGUACAUCAAAAGAAAAGAUGGAACUGUUGUGAAGAGUUUGGACGUUACCAUUGAAGAACAUGACAUUUUGGUCAGCAGAAUCCACGCUCACGAACCGCCAGUACCCGAUCACCAUAUUGAUAUCAUAGAAGACACAGAUGAGUAUUUAGUCAUUAACAAGCCAGCUGGAAUUCCAGUGCACCCUACUGGAAGAUACAUGUACAACAGUAUCAUAACCAUACUCAAAGAGGAAGGUAAAUACAAUGAUUUGAAACUAGUGUAUAGACUGGACAAGAACACAAGUGGAGUUCUUGUCUUGGCUAAGACAAAAAGAAUUGCCCAGAAGUUUCAAAAAGCUUUGAGGGACAAAACAGUGGGAGACUUCCAAGAGAUUGAAAAGAUAUACUUGGCACGUGUUGUUGGAGAAUUUCCAGAGACACUUGUUGUUGACAAACCAAUACAUUUGGUAGUGUUUGGUACAGAACAACAACACCAUGUGAGCGAUGAAGGGAUUUCAGCAAAAAGUGGGUUCAAGCGGAUUUUUUACGACAAAGCAAGCGACACGAGUGUUGUGGAGUGUGUUCCAUAUACAGGGAGAACACACCAAUUGCGACUUCAUCUGAAAUCAGUCGGACACCCAAUUGCAAAUGAUUCUGCUUAUUUACUUGAACAUAUCCACAACACCAGAACACGGGACGGAGAUACUGAACAGGAGCUUGCGAUGAGAACUAAGUAUGGGUGGGUGUUUGAUGAGUUUUGUGAAGAUUGCAAUUGUCCUAAAGGUGACCCAUUAGAACACUUGAUUUGGCUCCACGCUUGGAAGUACUCAAUUGAAGGUAAAACGUGGGUUGCGAAUGUUCCCGAGUGGGCAAAAAGCACAUAUGACGCGAAAGGUGGGUUGGAAAAAUGGCAUAAAAUAAUUGAAUGA